CAACCACCAGUCGGCUAACAGAAGAAGAGCCGCCAUCUAGUGGUGAAGUCCAUCAAUGACAAAAACAGCUUGCUAGCUGCUACGUGACUUGCAGUUAACGCAGCGUGAGUUCUUAUAAAAGAGCAUAAAAAGAGAGCCGUCCUGUUUGAACUGGGCUCCAGGAUCGGGAAGAAAAGUGAAGCGGCAGCUGCCACCGCUGCAGCCAGCCCGGUGGACAGGAUGGCCGAAAGCCCGGAGAAAAGCAUCUCCAUGUCGGCUCAGGAGCUGAAGGAGCAGGGGAACCGCUACUUUCUGAACCGCAAGUACCAGGAGGCUGCCGCCUGCUACGGCAAAGCCAUCAAGCACAGUCCUUCAGUAUUGGCGUACUACACAAACCGGGCGCUGUGCUACGUGAAACUGCAGCAGUACAACAGUGCCUUGAUGGACUGCAGACACGCUCUGGAGCUGGACAGCCGGUCAGUCAAGGCUCAUUUCUUCAUGGGCCAGUGCCACCUGGAGAUGGAGAACUAUGACGAGGCCAUCGGUAACCUGCAGAAAGCUUAUAACUUGGCCAAAGAGCAGUGUCUGAACUUUGGCGAUGACAUCCCCAGCGCUCUGCGGGUCGCCAAGAAGAAACGCUGGAACAGCAUGGAGGAAAAACGGAUCAACCAGGAGAGUGAGCUGCACACUUACCUCACCAAACUCAUCUUCGACGACAAAAACAGAGAGCUGGAGAACCACAGACAAAAACAAGACGACAAAUCUGACGACUGCAGAAUUCAACACAAACUCAACGAGAUCCACUCAAAAUAUGAUAAAUAUCUUUCAGACAUGGAGGAGCUGUUCUGUCAGGUAGAUGAAAAGAGGAAGAAGCGUGAGAUUCCAGACUUCCUUUGUGGAAAGAUCAGCUUUGAGUUGAUGCUAGAGCCGUGCAUCACACCCAGCGGUGUCACCUAUGACCGCAAAGACAUCGAAGAACACCUGCAGCGAGUCGGCCAUUUUGACCCAGUGACACGGACUCCGCUAACCCAGGAUCAGCUGAUUCCCAACCUCGCCAUGAAGGAAGUCAUCGAUGCUUUUAUUUUGGAGAACGGAUGGGUGGAGGACUAUUGAAACCUGGAGGAACAAAAGACAUUUUGCACUUUUUAUGGAAGAAAAUCAGUGCCAUUAAGUGGUGUUCUCUCUGUGUUGUUGUUUCUUUUUGGAAUUUUUCAGGGUGGUGGGGGUUUAAUUUAAAUUGGGUUUCUGAAGCUCCAAAUCAAUAAGUUUUUUUUUUCUUUUCUUUUUGAGUCAUAUUGUCAAAUGCUGGAGGAAAAAAACCUUUCAUUUCGUGAACGUGACCAUUGCUUUGUGUGAUCCACAAUCUUGAAAAGAACCAGUUAUUACCAAUUCCACACUGCAGCUUUAAGAAUCAAAUUGUUUCAAUCAGAUAUAGCUGAGGUUUUGUUACAUCAGAAGAUUCUGGGUCCAGUUUAAGUAAACCUGGGCUGAAGCUGGUAAAGGCAAUUGGUAAAAUGUGUUUAGAGACACAUUAUGAACAAUUUACCAGCACAAAUUUGUGGGUAAACGAUGAAAUUGUUUUUGUAGAGUUGAAGUACAGUGGCAGUGAAGGGGCCACGGAGUAGAUCUGUUAAUCUGUUAAAAAAAUAUUGUAAAACUGAAGAUCACUAUUUGCUGUCAUUCAGUUAUUGUUGGCGUACAGCCAUAAACAGCUGUUCAACAUUUAAUCCAGGGUAAUCCUGAUUUAAAAGCACUACAACCUAUUUGUCUACAACUAUUUUUAAAACAAGAUUCUCAUUCAAGCAAGUUAGUCAUUUCAGUGUAUAAUAACUGCUUUAAACCAGUUUAAGAGAUGUGAAACAAGCCUUAAUUGCUAAAAAUCAAUUUGUCAAAAUUGACAAAAAACAGAACUCUUUCACACUUGAAUCCAGAACAAUUCAAAAUCUGCCUUUUCCCCCCCCACUUAAUUGCAUAAAAUAAUUAUUUUUCUAUCAAUUGUAUCUUUAGUAGUACUAUAUCUUAAUUGUGUACAGUAAUUUUAGUUCAGGAAAUAAUGCCAACAUGUCCUGAAAGUCUGUUUGUUUGACAUAUGGCUUAUUCUGUCAUUAUAAGACUGUAUAUUUUUUUAAAGUAUUACAUAAUUACUUAUUGUAAUGUCUUAGAGUUGACAGUACUUCAGUGCAAAAUUGGUGUGACACAGUUUCCACCUUUAAAUGGAUCACUUAAAUGUUCAGACUUCAUAAGAUGUCAAAGUACUCUGGGAAUUAUAUGUAAGUUCUUUAAUAUUCUGCAUCACAACACUUUGCCGUUCUCUUCUUUAUUGUGCUGUUAUGUGUAUUUUAUGUUUAUGACAUCACAGAGUUAAAACACUUCCUGCAGAGUAA